AUGUCUGACAAAACCCCCUUUGAAACGGAUAUGCUGACGCUCACGCGAUUCGUUAUGGAGAAGGGACGCCGCGUUAAAGGAGCGACAGGGGAGCUGACACAGCUGCUCAACUCCAUGCUGACUGCCAUAAAGGCCAUUUCCUCUGCAGUCAGAAAGGCAGGCCUUGCCCACAUGUUUGGUAUAGCUGGCACUGUCAAUGUGACUGGUGACGAAGUGAAGAAGCUGGACGUAUUAUCCAACUCCCUGGUGAUUAAUAUGCUCCAGUCCUCCUACAGCACCUGCGUCCUGGUCACGGAGGAGAACAAGGACGCCAUCGUCACCCCGAAAGACAAGCGGGGUAAAUAUGUGGUGUGCUUUGACCCCCUUGAUGGCUCAUCCAAUAUAGACUGCUUGGCACCAAUAGGAACAAUAUUUGCUGUCUACAAAAAGGAAACAGACGAUGAGCCCUCUGAAAAAGAUGCUUUGCAGCCCGGACGCAAUAUUGUUGCUGCAGGCUAUGCCUUGUACGGCAGUGCUACACUGGUCGCCCUCUCCACAGGGCAAGGAGUGGACUGCUUCAUGCUCGAUCCGGCUCUCGGUGAAUUUAUUUUGGUGGACAGAGAUGUUAAAAUCAAGAAGAAAGGGAAGGUAUACAGUCUCAAUGAAGGUUAUGCGAAGUAUUUUGAUCCUGCAAUGACAGAAUAUUUACAAAAGAAGAAAUUUCCUGAGGAUGGCAGUUCCCCAUAUGGUGCCAGGUAUGUGGGCUCCAUGGUAGCUGAUGUUCACCGUACAUUGAUGUAUGGUGGGAUCUUCAUGUAUCCUGCUAAUCAGAAGAGUCCUAAAGGAAAGCUCCGACUUCUCUACGAGUGCAACCCUAUGGCUUUCAUCAUUGAGCAGGCAGGAGGGAUGGCAACUACAGGGACUGAGGCAGUGUUGGAUGUGAAACCUGAGAGUAUUCACCAGAGAGUCCCUCUUAUUCUUGGUUCUCCAGACGACGUGCAAGAAUACCUCGCUUGCGUACAGAAACACCAGAAGAGCAGCUAA